AUGAACAAGCAACCACCCCCUCGGCUGGAUCAAGUAGUGACGUGUCCUACACCCCCAACCGUAGCCAACAGCCUCCUGGAGGGCUCAGUGCUGGAGUGGGGUACCAGCGUGAGCUACAGCUGUCUGCCAGGCUACGAGCUGUCCUUCCCCGCUGUGCUCACCUGCACAGGGAACGGGAGCUGGAGCGGGGACCUGCCUCAGUGCCUGCCCAAGUUCUGCGGAGACCCUGGUCUGCCUGCCAAAGGACGGAGAGAAGGGCGCAGUUUCAUCUUCAAGUCUGAGGUGGCGUUCAGCUGCAGCUCCCCAUAUGUGCUGGUGGGAUCAACAGCACGCAUGUGCCAGGAGGAGGGCGCCUGGAGCGGAUCGCAGCCUCGAUGUAUCGAGCCCACGAGAUCCACAUGUGAAAAUCCAGGCACACCUGAGCAUGGCUUCAUGAAUUACACAACAGGCUUUAAGGUGGGCAGCAGAAUAGACUUCCAGUGCCAACAGGGACACCUACUGCAGGGCUCCACCACCCGCCUCUGUCUGCCAGAUCUCACCUGGACCGGCGUCCAGCCUAGCUGCAUCCGUGCGGAAAGCAUGAACUGGACACAGCAAAUCGCCGCUGUUCCUCAGAGGAACACAGCGGCGGAGGAAAAUGCCCACAAUGUCAAUGGGGGGGUUCAAGAAUGGAGUCGAGUGGACCCAUCUAAAAACCACUGCCAAUCCCAUAAGGGCACAAGUGACCUGAAACAGGGAGGACCUGCGAGCGCCUUUCAUGAAACGGCGACCAAGAUGUUGCUAGCCGUCUUCCCUCAAAGCCCACAUGGCAAGCGCAAUAGCAGCCAGUGGGAGCUGCCAGCGGCUGCCCGCACAGCAGCUGAUAUAUCUUCCGCCAGCCAGUAUAUUGCGGCCAGUGCGACGCCUAUCAGGAUCAGUGUUGGCGGUUCCUCCUCUCGCGCCGCGGCGGAGGUGUCGCCGCGUCUGGACGAGCGCCAGGCGCGGGCGGUGGCCACGCGCCUCCCCCCGCGCGAGGACGGAGGCCAAACAGCCCAGUCUCAUAUAGUGUGCACCUCUGGACCAGUCAGUAUCGCCCCGGGGUCACUCUCCUGGUACGUGGCAGCGCUCUCAGACAAGGAGAACGCCCAGCUCCAUAAGACCAGUUUGCGUGCCAGCAUGUGUAAUGGAGGAACCAAACCCCUGGCGGUGUAUAUACGUACUGGUGGUCGUGGUUGCGUCACUCCGAGACUGAUGUCAUCUGAGAAAAGGCAAGAGCGUUUUAGGAACAACAGCCACCCGGCUCCCGGCCGCAGGCAUGGCCAGUCACUAUCUCGUCUUCGUGCCAACAAAAGGAUUGACUCGACCCUCACUCAUCAACACAACCUGCAAACACUGGAUCCAUGA